CCGUCUCUUCCCGGAAAGCCCAGGUCAAACUAGUGCGGAACAUGUGAUUGGCUACGCACAUGGUCGUAUGAUCGUGAAAGCCAACUACAACACCCUUUGAAAAGCGCACCGGGACAUCGUUGCAGACGAACAAGCAAAUCACUUCGCCAAAUCCCCAGACCACUCCUAUCCUGUCGACCAACGACUCACCAGAAUGAUCGCGGCUUUCCCCUCCAUCCGCCACCGUGAUGCAUCCUUCUCCACCCCCGACCAAUCACAAGGGCGCAAAACCGUCAAUACCACCGGCCUCGUCAUAUCCAUGGCCAUCUCGCUCGGCUUCAUCGUUUUCCUCUUCACGCUCGGCUGGUGGCUCGGUCGCUUCCGACAGCAAGACGGCAAGCCGCAGUCACGCCUGUCAAAUCUUAAUGCAGCAGUCCCGCGCAUGACGUUCAAAACGUGGUAUAAGCAGGAUGUGGCGCAUCGGAACGACGGAGGGGAAGCAGCGGUGAAGGAGCAGGUCUGUGUUAUAUGCCUAGAGGGGAUUCGGCCGGAGGACGAUGUGAGGGCUUUGCAUUGCGGGCACUGCUACCAUGGGGAGUGCUUUGAUCGGUGGUAUCUUAGCUCGAGGGGGUUUUGUCCGCUUUGCAAUCGGUCUGUGUUUUCGGCGGGACGAGCGGCGACGAUGUGAUGGCGUCGCGAGACGGAGAGGUACUGCUAAACUAAAUGUCAAUGCACUAUUGUAACAUGACAUUCUUCUCGGAUGCAUUGGGUGAGAGAGGGGUGAGAGAUGCCGCUGUACGCGACUGGAGGAUUCUUGCCGCAAUACUAGUUGCUAAGCCAGACUUUGACGGAAACUGGACCUCGAAACUCGCACUACAUCCGCAUUCCAUCUCAGCUGGACCAUAGAUGCUUAUCGGAGCCAGUUCCUCAACCCAGCA